UGGACCCACUUUGUUCAUAUGGUUUUGUUCUCUUGCGGGUAUUGGGAUGUACAAUCUUGUCAAAUAUGACAGAAGUGUCUUGAGGGCAUUUAAUCCUAUUCAUAUCUACUAUUUCUUCAAGUGGAACACAGCUAAGGCAUGGUAUUCUCUUGGGGGCUGUCUUCCGUGUGCAACUGGUUCUGAAGCCAUGUUUGCAGACCUUUGCUACUUUUCUGUACGAUCAGUGCAGCUCACAUUUAUCUUUCUUGUUUUGCCGUGCCUGCUACUGGGUUAUCUGGGACAAGCUGCAUACCUUAUGGAAAACCAUGCUGAUGCUGGUCAGGCCUUUUAUUCUUCUGUUCCGAGUGGUGCAUUCUGGCCAACUUUCCUUAUUGCUACCAUUGCAGCACUUAUUGCAAGUCGGGCUAUGACAACAGCAACAAUUUCAAGUAUUUCAUGGCUUCAACGUCGGAUCUUCAUCCUGCAACUGCUACUUAGAGGGUCCAAAAUGAUCUGGUAGAGAUGUUGCACAUUCGUAGAUGUAUCAAUUUUGUCAGCGGUCAAUUAAACAACUUAGAGCUUGCUGUUAGUCUUGCCAAAAGAGGAAAUCUUCCUGGUGCUGAAAAGCUGGUGGUUGAGAGUUUUCAUGAAUUAUUUUCCCAAAAAAAGUAUAAAGAGGCAGCAGAGCUUGCUGCUGAAUCUCCAUAAGGAAUCCUUCGUACUCCUGACACAGUUGCCAAAUUUCAGAGUGUUCCCGUGCAAGCUGGUUAAACACCGCCGCUGUUGCAGUAUUUUGGAACACUUUUUAUGAGGGUUCUGUUGAAUGCUUAAAUUUUGAUAAACUUCUUAGUACUUUACAUCCAUUGGGGGCUUCAAGUUAUCAUUCUCCGUGUCCAGAAAAUCUGCAAGAAACAUCAUUAUCAAACUUAACUUUACAAGAGGAGCAAACAAAAAGUGCUCAAAUGCCAAAAAAUGCCAAAGUGGACUUGGAGGUGGACGAAUCUGAUACCUUUUCUGUGCUAGCUGGCUAUUUUAGAAAGUCGUGUACUGAGCCGUCUAGUAGGUUUCUCCAAGAAAGUCUGAGGUCAUACUAUGUUGGUUGUGAGGCUAAACCAGAAGGCAGCUUAUGGGCAUACAAAUACAAGCCAACUAAAGCCGUUGAAGUAUGUGGUAAUGACGAAGCCGUGAAUUUCUUGAGUGACUGGCUACAUCAGUGGCAUGAAAGACGUUACAAACCCAGGAAGAAGACAUGUCAGAGGGAUACAAGGGUCAUGCAAGAUGAUGAUGAUUAUAUGUGUUCUGACAGUGACUAUGAUUCAGAAGAUAUGAAUGAAGAGGAUUCACUGCAGAAUGUUCUUUUAAUUACAGGACCAAUAGGGAGUGGCAAGUCCGCAGCAGUCUAUGCUUGUGCCCAAGAGCAAGGCUUUGACAUAUUAGAGCUCAAUGCAUCAGAUUGUAGAAAUGAGACUGUUGUAAAGCAGUAUUUUGGAGAUGCCCUUGGUUCACAUGGGUUCAAAAGGUUAUCAGAACAUACUUUGAGUUCACAGAAGAUAACUACAAACUUCCCCCCAGCUUCUGCUUUGAUUAAUGAUAAAGCUGCGGAUGAGGUGAAUGACAGAGUAGUUGAACCAAUACCGUUAUCUGAUGAUGAAGCUCAUAGCCCAUUUAAAACAUCCCAAAAGUUACUUGGCAAGAAUGAUGCUGUUGCAUGUGAUAAAGUCCAAACUUUGAUUCUGGUUGAGGAUGUGGACAUACUCUUUCCUGAAGAUCGUGGAUGUAUUGUCGCCAUACAACAGAUUGCCGAGACAACAAGGGGUCCAAUUAUAUUGACCAGCAAUAGUGACAAUCCAGCCUAUAGAUACCGUUUCUUAGAACCAAAUUCUCAGUUGUUGACAAGGCCGGUCUUAGACACUCAUAGUCGGGACCACGAUUGUGGUUACGAUGGUGUUAACAUCGAAAACAGCAUGGCCAUUAUCAACAAGUUCCCGGCAGUAGUUACUGUUCAAGUAACAAAAGACAAGCAAGAUUUCAGCAUUCACUUGGGUUCAUCAGUUGCUGCUAAACAUGGGGAAAAUGGUUCAACCAUGGCAGGCUUUGACAUUCAGGACAUUGGAAAGCAGCCGACAUGCAUUGUUAGAGGUGAGACCAAGUUCAAGAAUUCUAAAAGAAAUAAAACUGUUGCUGGAGUGUUUGUGACAUUUUUGGGAGAAAAUGUUUCAACCGGUGUGAAGCUUGAAGAUCAAAUAGCACUGGGGAAACGAUUGGUAUUAGUGGGGAGCACAGGGACCGUGCGGUCUCAAAAUGAUUCUGCUUAUGGUGCCAAUGUCGAAGUGAGGCUCAGAGAGGCAGAUUUUCUAGUUGGUCAGAAUCAGUCUUCUUUGAGUCUUUCUCUGGUGCAGUGGAGAGGUGAUUUAGCCUUGGGAGCCAAUUUUCAGUCACAAAUUUCUCUUGGACGAAGCUAUAAGAUGGCGGUUCUUGCUGGAUUGAACAACAAGCUUAGCGGGCAGAUCAAUGUGAGGACAAGUAGUUCUGACCAACUUCAAAUUUCCCUUAUUGUUAUUCUUCCAGUUGCCAAGGCUAUCUACAAGAACUUUUGGACUGGUGUUACUGAAAACUAUUCCAUCUAUUAAGCUCUUUUUGCUAAUGUUGCUAGUUAAGGAAGUAGACUAUGAGGUUUGAGUGAGGUGGUUUAUGUGAAUUAGGAAAUCGCGACUUUGGAGCGGUACUCCUUCGUCAAAGUAUUGAUAUCUUAGAAAAUAAAGUGUUGAAUUAGGGAAAACAUUCUGAUCAUGCUCCAGUUGCUUUUGUUAGUUCUAGUGCCCUUACAUCAACAUCUUCUAAUGCCACCUCAGCUGUAAAUUCUCACGCAAGUGAUACCGAACUUCGCAUGAUUGUUGAUGGUAUAUUGGCACAUUAUGAUGAGAUUUUUAAACUAAAAGGUGUUGCGGCUAAGGCUGAUGUUUUCCAUCUGUUGUCUGGCAUGUGAAAAGCACCUGCUGAGAGGUGUUUUUUUAUGGCUUGGUGGUUUUCGUUCGUCUGAACUUCUCAAGCUUCUGGUAUAGUGAUGUUCAAAGGCAAAUGGCAAGUGCUAUCACGCGACUGUCAUUGCAGCAAAACAACCGUAGCCCUGCAAAGAUCAAACCAAAUCCACAUCGAAGCUACUGCGACACAAACACACAAAAAUCAGUCCAAUUCAAAAAAAAAUGAGAAAACACAUAUUCAAGUGAGUUACAGUGGUGAAUUGUUUCUUACCAACAAUGAACUUUUGGAAAUGAAGAGAAUUGAGAAGGGGACCACAAGUGGAAUAAGGACAAAACUCCCCAGACAUCCUCUGUACAAACAAACCUCUCAACUACACAGCAGAGGAAAGAGAUGGGUCAUAUAUAAAAGAGGGAUUACUAUUCAUAACAACCCUAAUUUUUGGAGAGGAGCCGUUACUGUUCACUAAGAGAAAAAGGAGUCGACGACAAGGAGAAAAGAAAACCAUAGUUUUUCUUGGUGGUGAAGAGCGGACAAGAAGAUCAAAAACCGGUUCAGACGAAACCUUACCUACAUCCGACGGUCAAUCUCGCCGCAACCGGUUAGUUUCCUUUUCGAGUUUCUAUUUCCAUUUCUCCGUUUAGCUUUCCUUGAAGCUUCCAUUUGUGUGGUUAUCUUGCCGUUAAAUCUUUGUUGUUCAAAAUGGAAAGAAACAAGAUCUAUGUGCGUUAAGAUGAAUUUGUUUGAGUUCUA